UCUCGCCGCUCAGAGCUGGUGCGAUAUAUUUUUUUACUCAGACUAAACCUAACAAAUCUAUCUAAUUAUUAAUUACUUUUAUUGUACUAAUUUUCUUACCGUAUAUAGUGUUAUUAGUACCUGGAUUAAGCAAAUAGUGUACCUUAUUAGGUAGAAAAUUGACAAUGGCAGUCAACGUUUACUCAACAAAUGCAACACAGGACAACCUCAGUCGACAUGACAUUUUGUCAUGGGUCAAUGACAGUAUGCACACACAGUAUCAAAAAAUUGAAGAAUUGUGUACAGGGGCCGCAUAUUGCCAGUUCAUGGAUAUGCUGUUUCCAGGUGUACUGCCCAUGAAACGAGUGAAAUACAACACCAAAUUAGAACAUGAAUAUAUACAGAACUGGAAGUUGCUUCAGAGCAGCUUCAAGAAGUGUGGUGUCGACAAGGUGGUGCCAGUGGAAAAACUUGUCAAGGGAAAGUUUCAGGACAAUUUUGAGUUUGUUCAGUGGUUUAAAAAGUUCUUUGACGCAAACUAUCAGGGCCAGGAAUACGAUGCCCUGCAGAUGAGGGAUGGAAUUCAGGUUGGAGGGACCACCAAGUCGGUCAUGAACAAACCCCACCAACGAGCACCGCCAGCUAACACAAGACCCUCACCGAAAUCAACAAUGCAAACGAAAACAACUCAGCGAAAUCCCCCGGGUCCGACCUCCAGAGUUCUCAACAACACAGGAGGUGGUGGAGAUUCAAUGAAAAUCAGGGAACUUGAAAACGAGCUGACACAGUUGAAUACGGAAAAGGACGGUCUGGAGAAGGAGAGAGAUUUUUACUUCAGCAAGCUGCGCAACAUCGAGGUGUUGUGUCAGGAUCAUGAGGACGACCCCACGAUAAAGCAGAUCAUGGACAUCCUGUAUGCAACAGAGGUGAGCGAGCAAUAAGAAGCAUACACACACACAAAACUGACCAGUCCUUCAGCUUGCAAUGGAAGGUUUCACUACUCCAGACGAUGUGUUAAUCGAUCAAGAUGGGGAGCAGGAUGAGUACUAAAGGAAACCCGAACAUCAGCAGUUUAAAAUGAAACGCGCUGCUUGCCGGAGAAAAACAAAAACAUUAGCACCAUCUGCAGAUACAAUGGACUACAUCUUGCAUUUAACGUGAACCCUUUCAGCACCAUCUGCUUAUUGAUGCAGUUUUAUAUGCUACUGUGUAUUAAUUCACAUAACAGUUAGGACGGGUGGGGUGGGGUGCAGUUUCAGUAUUGAAGGUGGUAUAUAUCUAGAUCUCUAGGAAAUCGAAGAGUGGUCUUACAUGUGUGUAUUAAAAAAAAUCUGCUUUUUGAACUGGAAAAUUAUGCUAGUAAUAACAUGAGACUUUUAUUUUAAAAAUUAUUUCAGUGCUUAUUAUUAUUAUUAUUAGCACUAUCUUGUUUUGACCCAUUUUGGUGCUUUGUGUGGUUAAUUUACAAAAUGGCAAGGCAUUAAUGUUUUUGCAAUUAACACAAAUAUUUUUAAUUUUCAUGACAAAUGUAUCUUCAGAAAAUAUUUUAGAGAUGGAAUGGGGUUUUUUUUUAUCAUCGUUCAUUAUAUGGAAGUAAAAAAGAUUUCUGAUAAAGAUUUUUUUUUAAUUUUAACAGAUAAUUAAUAUUUAAAAAAUAUCUUGCAAACCUUGACAAAACAUAAAACCUAAAUACAGACUUUUAAUUGGCUAUUUUUUAAAACAUAAAUCUAGGGACAUUUGGCCAGUUUACAAAAUGUAAAAUAAAAGACUUCACUAUACAUGUAAUAAUGCAAACAACAAUGACUAUAUUUGUACAUAAAGAUAAACCAUUAAAUAUAUGUGAUAUUUUUGAAAAUGUGACGCUUUUCUAACUUGCAAAUAUAUAUUUUUUUUAUUAACAAAUUUUAUUUAAAAAUCAAAUUUUUUAUUGAACAAGCAUAAGCUUGAUAUUAAACUUUGUAUCAUUGUGGUGUUUUGUAAUCAUAAAAAAAUGCCUCCUUUUGUUAUUUUCUUCCUUUUUAGUAGGAAUAAUAUUCUUAUUUUGUAUUAACAACAUUUUCUUAAUUCCACUAUAAUUUAUGAUCUGCUGAAAACCUUAACAUAAUUUUAAGAUAUAGUUACAUAUUUCCAAGAGUUUAAAAAAGAACUUUGCAAAACCUGCCCAUUUUUAGUAAUUUAAUCUUUCAAUGUUAAAAACAACUCAUGAAAUGCUCGUUAUUUACUGUGUAUAUAUACCCAAUGUAAGUAUUAACACACCAGUGUAUUUGCUAAGGUUUUAAACAACAGCUUAAAUUCUGCAUCCUUAAUCAUCUCCACCCCACCCUUAUCUGUGUUCGCAAUAUUUAGAUUUUUCUUUAAAUGAAGGCAAUACAAAUUCAAGGGAUAAAUCUUCUUUUAAUGCAUUACACAAUAAAGUCUGCUUGAUGACCAGAUAUUUAGUUUCCAUGUGUCGCAAGAGUACAACUGUUAACCCUUUGUUUGGUAUUUUCUGUAGUUUUGAUAUUGUUGGAGGAUGGAUGUGUGUGGGUUUUUUUGGUCCACAAUUUUUCUUUCUCAUUUUAUUUAAGGUUUUGUUAUAGCAUUGUGUGUAGGAUUUAAAAUUACUUCUUCAAAAAGAGUGCAACCUCUGUAUUCCAUCCUUGCCAGUUUUUUAUAAACAUUUCUCUAAAUAAAUGGCCAUAGCUUUUUAACUUCUCAAUAGUUGUAGAUUGUUCAGUGUCUAAAUAUGUGCCUUGUACUAUUGCUCAUUUUCCUUUUGAAUUAUGUUCCUUAUUAUUGUAGCUGGCUUCAGUUAAUGUAGGAUUUGACAUAAAGAACUGUCUGAGAAACUUCGUACAUGUGAUUAUGUUGCUUCCUGCAUAUUCAGUGUUACAGAAUUUGAUCCGAAACCAUUUUAUUUUAUUCUGCAAUAACAAAAUGUUUCAUAUAUAUUUAUUGGAUGUAGAAUAUUCCAUUGUCAGUAUCUUAGUGGGUUUAUUUUGUUUGUACAUGUAGGUUUGCUAUUAUAUUUGAUGGCAUUUCUGAAAUGUAUAACGUAUGUUUAAUUAUCUCGAGCUAAAGUCAUUAACCCAUUUGUAUAUAUACUAUGUGUAUACAUAUGCAUGUUGAUGUAACUGUAUUUAGAAUGUAUGCCACAUUCACAUGAUGUAUCUUGGUGACUGGCGUAUAAUUAUUAUUAACUAUUGUCUGUGACACGAGGAACGGCACAUUAGAAUGCUAUGAUUUUUAAUUGAAUACGGUAAUUCUUGUGCAAGGGAUCAUGACAUGGUUUUUCAGCAAUAUGUGCUGAAACGUGCAGGAUUAUUGCGAUCCAAAUUGUUCCUCUAUUAAGGUUGUCCUAUCGUAUAAAAGUAGUAACUGAGUGAAGGACAGAAAAACAAAACCAAAAAAUGUUUUAAGUUCAAAAUUAAUUAUUAUUUUUACCCUUUACUUCAUACUGUUUUGCAACACCGAGGAAAGUAUAUGUGCAAUAGUUUGUGCCGUUUUUCGUGUCAUAAAAUACACAGUUGUGAUAAACUGCUGAAAAACUUGUAUGUUACUGGGAUUGGGUUUUUAUGUUAAAAAUAACUUAUAAAAGAUUGAAUGUCAUGUUAAUGUCACUGUCAAAGCAAAAUUAUGUUACUAAGUGUUUCAAAAAUCAAAGAAUUAAAAAAAAAAAAAACCUUAAAAACUUCUUUUUUUACAACAUUCUAAUCCAAACCUUAAGAUUUUUUGGAUUGAUCAUCAUAUUUAUUUUAUUUUAAUUUGUUAAAAAAAAGAGUUUAGGAUUGAGAAGUGAUGGAUUGAGAGGACAUAUAUGUUUGACAAUACUGACAUUUGAAUUGAAGUGCUUUAGGGGUGAAGGGAACAUUUUACAUUUAAGCAGUGUUAAUGCCAAUAAAAGGUUGGUGGCUUUCAGUGACAACCAGAAACCACUAAUAUAAUAAUAAUAAUUAUUAUUUUUUACACCAGGCUGUAAUGCAAGACAGUGUAGUGUCAUGGUACAUUGUCAUGUAGGACAUUUCUAAAAUGUAUGGAUGUAUAUGCAGUUAAUCUGUGUUACAACAAUCACUACAAUUGCAUUGAUGAAAACAAAUCAGGCCUGUUUAUAACACCGAAACUCCUCCCCCACUAAAAUUAAGUAACAUCUAUGUUACUCCCUCCUUUCUCUUCACUAUUAUGUAAUUUGACCAUUGUUGUGUCAUCAGUUUAUAUUUCAGAAAUGGGGGGGGGGGGGGGCUAUGAAUGCCUGUAUUUAAUUUAUGAAUAAAAAUGAGAUUGUUUUGAAAAUGUUAUGUAACAUCCCUCCCCUAUAUCAUUUUGUAACACAUCCCAUGAUACCUUUCUCCUGAGGCCUAGAUUACACUAUACAAUGUACCUUAACUGUCAGUUGUGUUGUCGUAUAAUGGGAUCUAGGCUUUAGAGUAUCAUGUAUUUGUUGAAUGACCUUUAUUCAGUCUAUAUACUAACAUCAUCUCUCUUAUCAGUGAUUAAUUAAUGAUAGUGGAAUCUCAAGUUUAAUUACUUAAAAAAAACCCAAAAAAACCUGGACAUACUGCAUGUGUAUUAGAAGGCGUGGUGUAAUACAUGUUUCAGGACUGGUUGCUACAUACAUGAACACUGCUUUGAAAUAGUUAUUUUUACUUAUUUUAUGUUGUCAUGAAUGAAAAAUUAAGUCAAUGAAUAAUUGUUUUGUUUGAGAUGUUUUACCAUUCUAUAGUGACUGUUAAGGAAUAUGUUUUGUUAGAUAGCUAAAACAAGGGGAAUAACUCGUGAUGUAUUUGACAGGAGAGAUAACUUGGUGUAUUUGAUGGGGAGGUGGGGGGUAUUUCUCGACAGAUUUGUUACAGUUGCAAACGACAUAGAAGACGCAUCAUUGUUACACGGUCUGAUUGUAUCUGUGUACUAAGGAAACAACCCAGAUUUAGUAUUUGAAACACAUAUGGCCUGUCACUUUUAUAUAUAAAUGGAGAAAAAAGAUUUUGUCAUAAGACUGUCUCUUUACACUUUCUUAUUCUUUCUCAUCUGUCUUUUCCCUCCGUCUCAUGUUGAUUUAUAAUGUUAUGCGUCACGUUUUCUAGAAUGUGUGUGUAUACAGACUUCUUAACAUUUUUAUUUACUAUAUAGGCAUAUAUUUUUAUGUUCCAUGUAAUAAAACCAAGAAGCUUAAGUGUUAUAGGUGUAUUAUAUGUGCACUUCUGUUUAAGACAAGUCUCAUUUGUCAGUUUGUGAUCAUUAAAUAUUGCACUGUUGUGUACUAGGAAUUUUUCAUUUGUUGCUUGAAUACAAAAAUAUGACGGAUUUAUAAUAACUUAACUAAUUGUUUUCAUAUUUUAGGUUCUAAUUUAUCCAAUUGUUGAUACGUCAGCUGACAAUUUACUGUCCACAACUGACAAACAAGCAAACAUUUCAACUCCUGAUAUUUUGUGUAUUUUCAACUUACUUGUCUGUGGUGCCAAGAUAUGUAUAUAUUAAAUUUUCCUAUGACUGUUAAAUACUUCUCACAACAAAUGUUCUUGUGUUUAUGACUUGUAAAAUAAAAAUGGACUUCAAUAACAA